AUGCUCGCCCGCAACCUGUCCAAACCCGGGCGCAACCUGGUGGUAUGCAUCCGCCGCGAAGACCCCAAGCGCAUCUGGGAACGACGCGCCCCGCUCACCCCAGACGACGUCGCCGCUCUGCUCGCCAAACACCCCAACCUCUCCAUCGAAAUCCAGCCAUGUAACAAACGCGUAUUCCCAAUCGAAGACUACCUCCACGCAGGCGCAACACUCGCAUCCCGCGCACCAGACAUCUUCCUCGGAAUCAAGGAAACACCUGUGCCCGAACUCACUUGGGGUCCCCAAACCCACCUAAUGUUCUCGCACACGCACAAAGGACAGCCAUACAACGCUCCUCUCCUCGCCCGCUUCCUCGAGCAGUACUCCAAACCCAAGCAUGCCUCUACGCCAGCUCCCCGCCUAAUCGACUAUGAGCUCCUUACCGACCCUUCAACCGGCAAACGCACAGUCGGCUUUGGGUGGUUCGCAGGCGUCGCAGGGGUCCUCGAGUCGCUCUCCGCAAUGGCCCACCACCACCUCGAGCAUGGCGUUGCCUCGCCUUUCCUCUACACUCCCCGUCCACACACAGUCCCUUCCCUCGACGAAGCACGGAAGCAACUCCGCAACAUUGGCGGCCUAAUCAGAGAAUACGGCGUACCCGAGGCUUUGGGCCCAUUCAUCAUUGGUUUGACUGGACGUGGAAACGUAUCCCAAGGAUGUCUCUCAAUGCUCGAAGAACUACCUCUCGAACACAUCCGCGUAAAGGACCUCGACGCGCUCGUCAAGGAUCCCAACGCAUCCCGGCACAAGGUCUACCUAGUCCACGUACAACCAGAAGAAUACCUCAUCGACGUCAACGGAGGGUCAUACAACCGCGACUCGUACUAUGCCAACCCUGAAUCCUACAAGUCUGUCUUCCAUGAACGAGUCGCACCCUACCUAACACUCCUCUUAAACGGAACAGGCUGGUCCCCGUCCUACCCACGCAUCCUCCCAACAGACACCCUCCCCUCCGUCCUCAGUCACGCUUAUUCCAUUGGCGGCCUCCGCGCGACCAACAUCGGCGACAUAAGCUGCGACAUCGAAGGCGGCAUCGAAUUCAUGGAACGCGCAACCACAAUCAGCGAUCCCUGCUUCAAAGUGCGCGUCCCAACCGCAAAGUUUGCAGGUGACAGGUCCUCCACAGGGUCCCCUUCAACAACCACCGCCGUCUCCCACAAAGGCGAAAUCCAAAUAAUGAGCGUAGACAUCCUCCCAGCCUCCAUCCCACUCGACGCAUCAAAGCACUUCUCAAGCGUCCUCAGGCCAUACAUAGAAGCAAUCGUCGAAGACCACUCGUCCACCAACCCCAUCUUCUCCCUCGACUCCCCCGUCUUGGGAUCCGCCUACAGCCGCGCCUUGGACUCCCCACCCUCCAAACGACAACACCCCGAAGACACGCACACCACCCUCCUCAACGCCCUCCACCGCGCCACAAUCGCACAUUCAGGCAGACUGGCACGACCACAUAAGCAUCUCAAGGACGUCGUACGCGCGCACUGUGGUCCCCUGCCUUUCAGGGAAGGCCGUUUGUCGUUGGAGAGCCUUCUCGCACCCAACGGGGUCGCGACGAAACAGUCCAAGCCUGAACGUGAUGCGGAUGGGAAUGUGUUACCGCCGUACCUCCAGCCUUCAGCGGAGGAGUACAACCCCGGGGUGUACAACAUCGUCGAGAAGGAGGCGAAAGACGUGGAAAUCCAGGUCCCCCCAUCCCCUCCUUCCUCGUCUUCGCACACUACCGCCUCCUCUUCGCGUACCACUCGCUCCUCCUCAUCAUCAUCUAGUCUCCGCCACUCCUAUUCACCAUCUCACACUUCGAGCGCAAGCGCCCAGGCAAGGUACAAACACACCCCGCGCCACUCCGCUGCGCCCACCAAACGCAUCCUCAUGCUCGGCAGUGGGAUGGUCGCUGGUCCUGCGGUGGACACGAUCAUGGAUACUCCGGGGAUGGAAUUGGUUGUUGCAAGCAACUCCCUCCACGAACUCCAAACCCUCACCGCACCCCACUCCGUCUCCGGACGCGUCAAGUACCGCGUCGUCGACAUCUCAAAGAGGGAGACGUAUAAGCAUUUAGUAGCGGAGAGUGAUGUCGUCGUUUCCCUCCUCCCAGCACCCAUGCACCCGCAAAUCGCCAAGACAUGCAUCGAGUACGGGAAACACCUCGUCACCGCGUCGUAUAUCUCCCCCGAGAUGGCUGCACUGGACGAAGCCGCCAAAUCCUCCUCCACCCUCCUCCUCAACGAAAUCGGGCUGGACCCCGGGAUCGACCACUGCUCCGCCCUCGACCUCCUCUGCCGACUCAAAGCGACCAACCAGCACGUCGUGUCCUUUACUUCGUUCUGUGGGGGGUUGCCUGCGUAUGAGGAUAGUCGGGUGCCCUUAAGGUAUAAAUUCAGUUGGAGGCCGCAGGGUGUUUUGACUGCGGCUGGGAAUGAUGCAAAAUAUUUGGUGAACGGACAGACCCGCGAAAUCCCAGGCUCUUCCCUCCUCUCCUCCAAGUUCCCUAAGGUCCCGGUCCCAGGCUUCCCUCACAUCCUCGAAGGCCUGCCCAACCGCGACAGCCUCAAGUACGCCUCGAUCUACGGCCUCCCCACCGACGGUUCCUUGAAGACCCUGAUCCGCGGGACACUAAGAUACCCAGGCUUCUCAGACCUAAUGGCCUCCUUCCGCUCCCUCGGGCUGCUCAACACAUCCACCAAGGUCCUCCCGGACACAUGGCGUUCCUUCCUCCGCCUCGCCAUGGCCGCGCAGCACUCUCCCGGCUCUUCCAACGGUGAUCAUCCUCUUACCACCGCCGCGAUCGAGGGUAAAGGCAAACGCCCCCUUCCAUCGCUCCAGUCGCGAAUCCCUGCGAACCAAAUCGCCGAGGUGUGGGAUGCGUUGAGUUGGUUUGGGUUGAUUGAAGGCGCCGGUGCCGGUGCUGGCGGUUCCUCCGUCGUGAGUAGUGGAAGCAGCAAUAGCACGAAUUCGCCCUAUGUCCACGCGCCACCGGCUAUGCCGCCCCUCCCGGCGGAACCAACGACGCCUCUCGACCUCUUCGCCUACCUCUUGAGCUCCAAGUUGGCGUACAGACUGGGCGAGAGGGACAUGGUCGUCCUCUCGCACGAGAUCAUCACCGUCGACGGCCACCCCUCUCCCCCUUCCUCUCCCUCCACCACCUCUCCCUACCCCUCCACCUCAGACCACCACGCCCAAGACCAAAUCCAAACCCGACACACCUCGACCCUAGUCACCUACGGCACAUCUACCCACUCCGCAAUGGCGCGCACAGUCGGCAUCCCAAUCGGGAUCGCCGCCAUCCACGUCGCGCAGGACCACAUCCCCCUGCGCGGCGUGCACGGACCCACGCAUCCAACCGUCUACCGACCCGUCUUGGACGGCCUCGUGCGCGUCGGGCUCGGUAUGCAGGAGAGCAGUAUUCGUGGCAUCGGGAUGCAUGAGAGCACUUUGCGCGGGUUGGGUGUUGCUGGUCACAGGCCGCUGGUUGAUAGAGAGUUUGAGCGUGGCUUGGGCGAAUUUUUUUGA